UUCUAGAUGGCCUACCCUGAUCGUGUCCUCGGUAACAUACUACUUCACUGUACCUCCACAGUGGCAGGUGUGAUGGAAUACUUCAAUGAUAAGAUUAUGAACUGGAAACUCCAAACAGUGGGCAUGCAUCCAACUGCUGAACAGUACCUUGUCUUUCACAAGUUUGGGACGGAAAUAGAGAAAGCUGAAAACAAGACAAGGUUAUCAAAGAUUACAUCAAAAAACUUCAAAGUCGAAUUAAUCCUCGCAACUUGCGACUAUAUGUGGAAUCUUUUCUUGCCCGUACAGAUAUUUCAGCAAUCUUGAAAGAUAAAAUGAAAGUUGAUUCAUUGCUUGUGACUGGAUCCAAGGCCUCCCAUCUUCAUACAGUUCAUACUAUGCAUGCAGCCAUGGAUCCACGACAUACCACACUUCUAAAGGUGGAUGGUGUUGGUGAUGUAUUGUUUGAAGCUCCGGACAUUCUUGCUCACAACUUACUCUUGUUUUCUCAAGGAUUGGGACUGUUGAGUACUCUACCAAUGUCUCGCCAGUCAUCCAUCUCUUCUUAAAAUGAUUAGAAAAAUGUGACAAGAAGUUUUUGCAGUUUUAAGCUGAAACAAAUUAUCUUCACUUUAGUAUUAUGGAAGUAGGUUUGGUACAAUCACUGGAAUAUUAAUGUAGUUAUUGCUAAUCAAAUAUUAGUACUUCUCUUUUUCUCAUAGAUUCUAGGUGCAAUUAUUCCACUUGAAAUAUGAUAGCCCUUUAUAUCGUAUUAUAUGGUUAAAACAUUUAAAUGCAGUUUCCAGUAGUUUCGAUUAUUGUAUUUAUUCAAGGAUUUUCUUACAUUUUUGUAUUAAAAAAAAGGCAUUAGAAACAUUCCCUCCAUUUAUUAUAAUCUAGAAUGAGUAGUUUGGUUAGAUAAGUUAGACAUAAAUACAACUGAAAUUAACCAAACUGAUAACCUUGAUAUGUUGUGAACAAAAUUAGACAUAAGAAGGUACACUGGAGUGUGCAAUCAAUAAUAGUGGUCCAAAUAUUAAUGUAGUACAAAAACAGUAUUCAGUUUUGUACAUAAUAAUAUAGUUCAGUUUAUUUAGGAGAGAAAUCAACAGAUAUGAUGGUUAUUUAGUUGUUUGAAAGAGGAGUUUUGUUUUAGUUGCCUUAAAGUCUGACAAGACUUUUUUUUGUUAAAGUAGUAAC